GUGAAGUGGCUGUGAGUUUGCAUACCACCCCACACAAAACUUGUGAAAGCGUUGUUCACUUAUCGUUAUAAAUACUGUGUUAUACAGCAUUGCUUAAAUAUAUUUGAAAAAUUAUUAUAUCGUGGUGUAAUCAAGAUGGCGACUAUAGGCCCUAAGAAGGAUGGAGGUCCAAACAUCGAAUAUUUUCAAUCGGCGGAAUGCCUUGCUCAGUUCGACCAAAUCCGGCUUUGGUUGCAGAAAAAUUGCAAAAAGCACGUCCAAACGGACCCUCCGACGAAAGAAGGCCUUGCGCAACUCGUCAUUCAGUUAAUCCAGUACCAGGAAAACAAGCUGGGCAAGAAUGCUUCUGACCCACCUUUCCUCAGGCUUCCAAUGAAAGUGUUCAUGGACAUGAAGCCUAGUGGCGGCCUAUGCGUGGUGCUGGCCACCAUGUUCCGCUUCAAGUCGGAGCAACGGUGGCGCAAGUUCGACUUCCAGGUCGGUAAGAAUCCAUCUCGGAAGGACUUGAACGUGCAAAUGAUGAUGGAGAUCGAGUCUGCACUGGUGAGUGCGGAGUUGAUUCGCUCUCCGUGUGUAUUCAUUCGCCCCGAUGUCGACAAGUCAACUGCGAAUAAGGUCAAGGACAUUGUGGUCAACCAUCAGGGUGAAAUUUGUGAGGAGGAAGAGGACGCGACUCACAUCGUGUACCCUGCGGUUGAUCCGUUGGAGGAAGAGUACGCGCGGCCGGUCUUUCGUCGCGGGAACAACGUGCUUAUCCAUUGGUACUACAUGCCGGACAGCCACGAUACGUGGGCUGCGACCGACUUACCGGUCGAUGUACCCGAGACAGUAAGCUGGGAGUGCCUUCGUUCGGAGCCGUGGCGAGUGUCGGCCACGUGGGCCCUCGACCUGCCGCAGUACAACGAGUGGAUGAACGAAGAGGAUUACGAAGUCGAUGUCGCUGGCAAGAAGAAGGUACACAAGCUACGUCUGUCAGUGGACGACCUCAUUCCCGGCGGGGAGGCAUCGAGCAAGGGCAAGAAGGGAAGCAAGAGGAAGCGAUCGCCCUCACCGCCGCCGCAGAAGCACGGAAAACGAAAGUGCCGCACGACGAAGCGGCGCGACAACGACGGCGAGGACGAGGACGACAACGCAUCACGUGACAACACUGACGCCGCGCCUACGCCUGACACCGAGCGCUCCGCCGAUAUCGACUGUGAUGAAGCGCCUGCUGCGACGCCUGCCGAGCCGUCAUCGAGCGGUGCGCAGACAGCCGACGCACCUAGCACACCCGCUGCUCCUUCCGACGCACAGGACGACUCGCAGGGAAAGCACAGCGACUCUAACACACAGGACAUGAUAACAAAGGAAGAAUUGGAAGAUAACGUAACAGAUCAGACACACCAUAUCGUAGUUCCAUCUUACUCGGCAUGGUUCGAUUACAACUCUAUUCAUACGAUCGAGAAGCGCGCGCUGCCUGAGUUCUUCAACGGGAAGAACAAGUCCAAGACUCCGGAGAUCUACCUCGCAUACAGGAACUUCAUGAUCGACACGUACCGCCUGAAUCCGACGGAGUAUCUGACGAGCACGGCAUGCCGGCGUAACCUUGCUGGUGAUGUGUGUGCCAUCAUGCGCGUACACGGCUUCCUCGAGCAAUGGGGACUUAUCAACUACCAGUUGGAGGCUGAGUCACGUCCUACAGCGAUGGGACCGCCGCCGACGUCGCACUUCCACGUGCUGUCCGACACACCCUCUGGUCUGCAGCCACUACAACCGCGCCCCACACAGCCCAGACCUAUGGAGAACGCAGCAGUGCCGAAGAUCGAAGCUGGGCUUCCGAACGGGUCAGAGGUGGGUGCCCCACCGGGUGCCACAGCUGCCGCUGCUGCUGCUGUUGCCGCUGCCACCACGCAAGUCAAGGCGGAGCCCACUAUCGACCUUGGCGGAGCCCCGGGUCUUAAAAUGGAUCAGUAUCGUGGAGGCGCUCGCGGUCGCGAAUGGACAGAACAGGAGACGCUUCUGCUACUGGAGGCUCUGGAGCUGCAUCGCGACGACUGGAACCGCGUGGCCGCCCACGUGGGCACACGCACGCACGACGAGUGCAUCCUGCACUUCCUGCGGCUUCCCAUCGAGGACCCCUAUCUCACCGACGCUCCGUCUGGCGGUGUGCUGGGUCCUCUGGCGUACCAACCGGUGCCGUUCAGCAAGACAGGCAACCCUGUGAUGAGCACAGUGGCGUUCCUCGCCUCUGUGGUCGACCCGCGCAUCGCAUCCAAAGCCACACGCGCUGCGAUGGACGAAUUCGCUGCGAUCAAGGACGAAGUACCAGCGGCGAUGAUGGAAGCGCAUGUGAAAGCGGCGGGCGCGCACGGUCCCGCGGCUGCACUCGCCGCGACCGGCAUCGCCGGCACCGCGCCAGAGUCCUCGCCGACCAGUGAAAAGAAAGAAGGCCCAGAAGUGAAGCCCGAGGCUAUGGAAACGGAUGAAGGAAGUGAAGGCACACAGAAAAUGAAAGAAGAGCCGGCGGAGACGACCACGCCGGAACCUGACACCAAAGAAACUCCUAAGGAGGAGACUGCUUCAACACCUGAAGCGCCAACGACGGUAGACUCAAAGCUACAGGCGGCCGCGGCGGCGGCGCUGGCAGCGGCUGCAGUGAAGGCCAAGCAUCUGGCUGGUGUGGAGGAACGCAAAAUCAAGUCGCUCGUCGCGCUGCUUGUCGAGACGCAGAUGAAGAAGCUCGAGAUAAAACUCAGGCACUUCGAGGAGCUCGAAGCUACUAUGGAACGCGAGAGAGAAGGUUUAGAAUAUCAGCGGCAGCAAUUGAUCCAAGAGCGGCAACAGUUCCACUUGGAGCAACUAAAAGCGGCAGAGUUCCGUGCGCGGCACCAGGCUCAUCAGCGGCUGCAGGUGGAGGGAGCCCCCCCGCCGCCGCCCGUCGGCGCCAACGAGCAACCCCCUGCCGAAGCUGCACCCCCCGUGCCGCCGCAGCACGCAUAAACCUUUAACUAAUGACAAUGAGCUAGGCUAAUAUUAGGGAUGAACUAUAUUCGUCAACACGCUUAUACUACUGUUUAGUUUUAACACAGUAAAUGUUUCUAUUAUGUUCUAUUCUAGUUGACGACGUUUAAGGUAAUAUCUGCCAAUCAUGAUGUAAGUAGAAUUAAUAAAACAACAUUAUUUAUGUAACGUAACUAACAAUUUAGACUUAGAUAAAAUCAACGGUAGUUACAUCAUUCUAAUUUAUUUUCAUAUAACAAGCAGCACUCACAGCUGUAAAUGGCGUGUCGGGCUAUUCAUAGUCGUUGUCAAUAUUGACGCACAUUCUUUCGAGAAACGCUGAAAACGGUACGAGAGGCAUUGAUAAAUUUUACAAAUCUCAGAAAUAUAUUAACUAUUAAAGAGAUCCGCGUCAUCAAAUCGACACACGUCCGUUAAAGCAAAAGUGAAUGUGAAUGACAUCAGUCAACGUUGUUAGAACUUGUCAUGCCUAAAAUGUAUUUUUCUGUUAAUUAGAAAACAGAAUUUUUAGAAUACUAUAUCUAUUGUUGAAUACUUACGGUAUUCUUUUAUUCCUGAUUUACAGUAUUACAACAGGUAUAUAUACCUCACAACGUCGUGAACGUUUAGCCCUCACUGUUAUUGUGUAAUGCUACAUGGCAAUAAGGGUAAACUGUCCAUAAGGCAUACUAUUAAUAUUAAUAGUAUCAUUUAUUUUCUCCCAACAAUUACAAAAUACUACUGCAAUAAUGUAUACAGGCGUCGCAGAAGGAAUUGAGGCGAAAAGAACACCAUCACAGUUGUAACUCUUUUCUGGCGUUCCCCGUUGUGCUUGUGCAUACCAAGGAGAAAAAAUAGUAGAUUGUACAACAAGGGCAUAAAGCGCUUCAUUUUACCCGAGACGAGUAUAUACUUGGAUACUUAAGUCGAGGGUAAAAUGGGUUUUAUGAACCAGUUAUACACUCUGCU